ACCUGAGCCAAGGGCAGAGGAAGAGCAUCGCAGCGCCAUGAGUCCACGUGCUCUUCUUACUCUCUGCCUUAUCUUUCUGACUCUGAAUGGAACUCAAGGAAUACCUCUGCUUAGAAUUUCACGUUGUUCCUGCGUUGCAACCAUUGAUCGACUUGUUAAUCCCAGGUUGAUAGAAAAACUUGAAAUGAUUCCUCCAAGUCCAUCCUGUUCACGUGCUGAGAUCAUUGUCACAGUGAAAAAGACCGGGGAGAAGAGAUGUCUGAAUCCAGAUUCAAAGGUCGUCAGAAAUUUUCUGAAAACAAUUACUAUGAAAAAGUCUAAGGGGCCUCUCUGAGAAGCCUAACUGUGGUACCAGGAAGGAUGGACCAGAGUUGCCUCUGCAGCCACCUCCCUGUGCACGCACACGUUAAACCCUAGCUUCUCUGGAAUGCAGUGCUCCUACAAGGUGGCCAACCAGUCACUCAACUAGCUGCUACGACUCCCGCACGGAGCUGGAUGGUUCAUCAUCCUGCGCUGUUCAACAGUAACAGUCCUGGGACUGUUAUCAUAAGCUAUGCUGAGGUGCUACAGUCUUCGCGAACACACCGACUCCUGGCCUUGCUACUGGCACUCGCCUUGCUUUUCCUACUUCUGAAGGUUAUUUAGGGAUCUUCUACCACUAAGUUUAUCAGAGUUCUUACAAUCAUAGGUAUGCAACAGGAAAAACUUCUUAAAAAAGGUCUUUAUGAGCUUCUACUGCCACCCUCGCAAGGGGCCCACCUUUCCCAGUGGUUUUAUACACAUAAUCCCAAAUAUGUUUUAUAUGUUUAUAGGAAUGUUAGGAAAUGUGAGAUUUUUUUUUUUAACAGAAAGCUUAUACAAUCUAGACUUCUCGGGGCAUGUAUGUUUUUGUAAGGUGUUUAUGCUUAGGAGGUAACCUGUGUAAUUACGUACUACACAUGCUGACCUACAGGAGAAAUGUUUAAAUCUAGAUAUAUGCUCUGUAUGUUUUAUAAAACAAAUGUGCUUGGUAUUUUUAAUAAUAAAAAUAACGUA